AUGGACGUUCUCAAGUCUAGCUCCUAUUACACCGCGCCCGCUGAAAGCCAUACUCAACGUUUGCCCCCAAGAAAAAGAAUCAUCGUUGCCCUCACUGGUGCAACGGGUUCUAUUUUAGGGAUCAAAACACUCAUUGCUCUGCGCCAACUGAACGUGGAAACCCACCUGGUGGUCAGCAAAUGGGCCAAGGCGACUAUAAAAUAUGAAACCGACUACACCAUUUCUAAUAUACGAGCCCUUGCGGACUAUGUAUAUAGCACCAAUGAUAUGGCUGCGCCUAUAGCGAGUGGAUCAUUUCGUGUUGACGGUAUGAUCGUCGUGCCCUGCAGUGUCAAAACACUGGCAUCAAUCAGCUCAGGUAUCUGCGAUGAUCUCAUUUCCCGUGCAGCAGACGUCAUCCUCAAGGAGCGACGUAAGCUUGUUUUAGCAGUGAGGGAAACUCCCCUGAGCUCCAUCCACCUACGCAAUAUGACCACUGUAACGGAAGCUGGCGCUAUCAUCUUCCCUCCUGUGCCAGCUUAUUAUAUCAAGCCCUCGUCAAUAGAUGACUUGAUUGACCACAGUGUUGGCAGGAUGUUGGAUCUUUUUGAUCUGGAUACAGCAGGAUUUGAGAGAUGGACGGGGUGGAAGAAAGAGUGA